CGCGGGGAGCGGUGCGAUUGCCGAGCAAGAUGGCGGCCGCGGGGCGAGUCGGCGCCUUCGGUGCCUCCCCUCCGGGCUUAGCCUCGACGUACGCGGGCGAGCUGGCGUCGGGCAACGGCGGCGCCGCCGCAGGCGACGACGAGGACGGGCAGAACCUCUGGUCCUGCAUCCUCAGCGAGGUGUCCACCCGCUCGCGCUCCAAGCUCCCGGCGGGGAAGAGCGUGCUGCUGCUGGGUGAAGAUGGAGCUGGAAAAACAAGUUUAAUAAGGAAAAUUCAGGGAAUAGAGGAAUACAAGAAAGGAAGAGGACUGGAAUAUUUGUACUUAAACGUGCACGAUGAAGACAGGGAUGAUCAAACAAGGUGUAACGUGUGGAUCUUGGAUGGAGACCUGUAUCACAAAGGCCUCCUCAAGUUUUCACUGGAUGCCAUUUCCCUGAGGGACACUCUGGUUACGCUGGUUGUCGAUAUGUCGAAGCCCUGGACUGCUUUGGAUUCGUUACAGAAAUGGGCAAGUGUUGUUAGAGAGCACAUUGACAAGUUGAAAAUCCCUCCUGAAGAAAUGAAGGAGAUGGAACAGAAGUUGAUUAGAGACUUCCAAGAAUAUGUGGAGCCGGGAGAAGACUUCCCAGUUUCUCCUCAGAGAAGAAACACUACGUCACAGGAAGACAAAGAUGACAGUGUAGUUUUACCGCUGGGUGCAGACACACUUACACAUAACUUGGGCAUUCCAGUACUAGUAGUUUGCACAAAGUGUGAUGCCAUUAGUGUGUUGGAGAAAGAACAUGACUACAGAGAUGAACAUUUUGAUUUUAUCCAGUCCCAUAUCCGGAAGUUUUGUUUACAGUAUGGUGCAGCACUUAUUUACACGUCAGUAAAAGAGAACAAAAAUAUAGACCUCGUAUAUAAAUACAUUGUCCAGAAACUGUAUGGAUUUCCCUAUAAAAUUCCUGCUAUUGUCGUGGAAAAAGAUGCUGUAUUUAUUCCAGCAGGGUGGGAUAAUGAUAAGAAGAUAGGAAUAUUACAUGAAAAUUUCCAAACAUUAAAAGCAGAAGAUAAUUUUGAAGACAUCAUAACGAAACCACCUGUCCGAAAGUUCGUGCACGAGAAGGAGAUCAUGGCGGAGGAUGACCAGGUGUUUCUCAUGAAGCUCCAGUCCCUCUUAGCAAAGCAGCCACCAACAGCAGCUGGAAGGCCUGUGGAUGCCUCACCAAGGGUCCCAGGAGGCUCACCUCGCACGCCAAACCGAUCUGUGUCGUCCAAUGUCGCCAGUGUGUCACCUAUCCCUGCUGGCGCAAAAAAGAUCGAUCCAAACAUGAAAGCCGGAGCUACAAGUGAAGGAGUCCUGGCAAAUUUCUUCAAUAGUUUGUUGAGCAAGAAGACUGGCUCUCCAGGAGGGCCUGGUGUGGGUGGCGGCAGCCCUGGUGGCGGAGCUGGAAGUGGAAGCAGUGGCUUACCACCGUCUGCCAAGAAGUCAGGCCAGAAGCCAGUCCUCUCAGAUGUCCACGCAGAACUGGACCGAAUUACACGGAAACCGGUUCCCGCUUCUCCUGCAGCACCUACAUCUCCUACGGAAGGGGAAGCCUCGUGAGGACACCAAACAAAGCCAUUUACCCAGUUUUCCUGGGGUGAUGUCGCCUGGCCUCUGCCUAUUCCUUCAGAAGUGGAAUUAGGGAGCUGGAGUGCUUUUACAGAUGGACUACAUUUAUGUCUUUUUUUUGUUUUGUGGUUGCCCAUUUUUUAAAAAGGAGCUAUAUGGAAGAAAAACAUCUACAGUAUGUGGAAUUGCUGUUUGCAAUGCAUUUUGCAUAAAGUAAUUUUGGAUUUUGAAAUCUCAACACUUCCAGGUCUGACAUACAACCAUGUGGCCGUACUCUCAAGGGUACCUGAAACGCGAGGGAGGGCAGGCAGGGCGGGCAGGGCGCCCUUGGGGAGUCGAGCGUAUUCAGUUAAGACUGCUGAAAUCAUUUUUAAACGUGUGUGUGUUGCUGAAAAAGAAAAUGAGGAGUUGUCGGAGUUUGCACACCAACAUGGAACCGUCACCACUUAGGAAAUAUGCUGAGAACACUGUCAGACACCACUUGAUCCACCAGUCGUAGUCUCAAUCAGUGAUCCUGUGCGUUGUCAUCAGAAUGAGUUAGAAACACUGGCCAGGAUGUUUCCUGACCUGAAAAGGAAAGAAGGCACACUGAUGAAGGGUGUAAGAGCGGCGGAGGCCGUGAGAUGAGAGAGGCGAGCCUGGGCUUGUCUGUACAUAUAUAUAUACGGCUCUGCCUUAAUAUGCUCCUUUUCUGUUUGUGACUCUCCACUGUACUCAGUUAAUAAAGUAUUUAUUCUCUGCA